AUGUGGAAUAUUUCCAGCUACCGAAUGUUUGUCCGCUCGACAGAAUACGUGCCAGCCAUACGAAAAAAUACCUUCCAGCCGUACGAAAAGUCUACAUCUCGAACCUCUUCAGCAGCGAAAUCUUUGUCGACUACUCCAGAAUUACGCUUCUUACCGGGUUUGCCUGAAACGGUACGAGAAGUGCUACAGACAACCACCGCGGAAAAGUUUUUUAAGAGCGGUUUCGGCCAAAACGACAGCCCGGAUUUUUUCUUGGCCUUAGUGCAAGCCGAUACAAGCAAAUGGCUUAACGCCAUAAAACAACGGGCUUUGAGCCUAGCAACUUUGCACAUACGCGACAGAAUAGUAUAUGAUGGAUACAGAGGUGAAAAAGGUUACUGCAACCUGGCAGCCAAGGACGUACUUGUCCGUGUGGCGGCAGCAUACAAUCCAGAAUUUUCUGGAGUCAGAAUCUCUAAACUUAUCACCGAAAAUAUCGAUCGAGGAACGAGAUACUCGCAAUUGGCACUGGAGACAUCGCUCAGCGCUGCUUUUAGCCUUUGCCCUGAUCAUGCCUGGUGGUAUGAGAAGCGCAUACCGAAGUCGAAAGAUAACGAAGCCAGAAAGACCUUCGUAUCUAAAUUGCGUGCUGAAGGCGCUAAAACAGAUGCUGAGAUAAAUGAGGAAUUCGAGCAGCUUCGAAAAGCUGAUCAAAUCAACAAGGAUGUCGAGUUUGCGAGGCGAUUCCAAACGAAAAUACAAGAAAUUUUGGGCUGUAUUUAUGCACGUUGCGAUGCGUGGUUGGAGAGUGGUGAGCACAGCGCAGCAACAGCAGAAACCAUGCGAUGCUUGGUUGAAUCUUCGGAAAGAGCUAAAGGACAAAGAAACAGACAUGAUACUGCACCGGCCCCAAUCCAGGUCCUAAUGUCAGAUAACGGAGCGACUUCCGUGGAAAUUGCUUCGAAUGCCGACUUGCUGUCUACGCCUCCAGUUUUUCAUCACGAAUCUCUCGAUGUGCUUGCAAAUACUGCAUUAUUGCAGGCUCAGUCUCAGAAUGCCCCCUCCCAUUCCUACGCAGAUCACCAUUGCGGGACCGAAGCGGCCGACGCGACAACGCACCAGGCUCGUGCAGCGACAACGUUGAGUUUACCCUCAAGUGCUGCCUCUUUAUUCGACAGCUCCUUACAGCCUCAUCAUCUACAUGCGCGCUCGAGUGAUGGUGCCGCUCUGCCGUCUAAUAAUGGGCAAAAGAGACUGUAUGAUGGUGAGGAGGCCUCUACAACGAAGAGACAGAAGUCUGUCCCAGGGCCUACAGCAUCAGGCUUGAAUAAUGGCGUUGAGGCUGUUAUGGCAGGAGGACUUGACGAUCUUGGCCCUGAUCUUGGCGAUUGUGCAGAGUCAACGCCUUCCCAGCAAACAGGUUUCGUGGAUCAAUGGGACUGGUCAGAAGUGAUACAACAACCGACUAGCAACCAUUGGAACUGGUAUAUGGAUGGGACAGAUAUAUCGCUAAAUACUGGAAACCAGUUCAGGGACGAGGAGUUAACUUUCAGCCUCUAA